GUAAAGUAUAGGUUACGCAUUAUCAAAAAUGGCGGCUGGAGUUGUGGUAGAUUCUGGAAGGGAAAAGGUUUUGCAAGAUUAUCGGAAAAAACUUUUGGAACAUAAAGAGAUUGAAAGUAGAUUGAAGGAAGUUCGAGAACAACUGAAGGACUUGAAUAAGCAAUAUGAAAAGUCUGAAAAUGAUCUGAAAGCACUUCAGAGUGUAGGACAGAUUGUGGGAGAGGUUUUGAAGCAGCUUACUGAAGAUAAAUUUAUUGUGAAGGCAACCAAUGGUCCUCGUUAUGUAGUAGGAUGUCGUCGUCAGUUGGACAAGACUCGACUGAAAUCUGGAACUAGAGUUGCUUUGGACAUGACUACUCUUACUAUUAUGAGGUAUCUUCCUCGAGAAGUGGAUCCAUUGGUUUAUAACAUGUCUCAUGAAGAUCCAGGUGAUGUAUCCUACUCUACCAUUGGUGGAUUGGGAGAACAAAUUAGAGAACUAAGGGAGGUGAUUGAACUACCAUUACUGAAUCCAGAACUAUUUCAAAGAGUAGGAAUUACCCCACCUAAAGGUUGUCUUUUGUUUGGACCUCCAGGAACAGGAAAGACUUUGCUAGCAAGAGCUGUGGCUAGUCAGAUUGAUGCCAAUUUUCUGAAGGUUGUCUCUAGUGCUAUUGUGGACAAAUAUAUAGGAGAGAGUGCUCGCUUAAUCCGAGAGAUGUUCAACUAUGCUCGGGAUCAUCAACCAUGUGUAAUAUUUAUGGAUGAAAUUGAUGCUAUCGGUGGAAGACGUUUUUCAGAAGGUACAUCAGCAGAUAGGGAGAUUCAAAGGACUUUAAUGGAAUUGUUGAACCAGAUGGAUGGUUUCGACUCAUUGGGAAAAGUAAAGAUUAUAAUGGCCACUAACAGACCAGAUACUCUUGAUCCUGCUUUACUGCGACCUGGUCGUCUGGAUAGAAAAAUUGAAAUUCCUCUCCCAAAUGAGCAAGCUCGAUUGGAGAUCCUUAAAAUUCAUGCUCAACCAAUCACAAAACAUGGAGAUAUAGAUUGGGAGUCUGUGGUAAAGCUGUCUGAUGGCUUUAAUGGAGCAGACUUGAGAAAUGUGUGUACUGAGGCAGGCAUGUUUGCUAUACGAGCUGAUCGUGAGUAUGUAAUUGAAGAGGAUUUCAUGAAAGCUGUGCGUAAGGUUUCGGAUAACAAAAAGUUAGAAUCUAAGCUAGAUUACAAACCAGUCUAAUAACCACUCUUAUUCGAUGUAUAAUCUUUGCCACUGUAUUUAUUUUAUCAGAACUUUCAAAAUAAACAAGAUAAUGGGAAUGAA